GCUCAUCAGACUAGCGGCCAUUGACUGACGUCGUUGCUAGAAUACUAUAGAUAAUGUCUGGAAGAGGUAAGACCGGAGGCAAAGCCAGGGCUAAGGCCAAGACCCGCUCCUCCCGGGCCGGGCUCCAGUUCCCCGUUGGCCGUGUCCACAGACUCCUACGUAAGGGUAACUACGCUCACCGCGUCGGUGCCGGAGCUCCCGUCUACCUGGCGGCGGUCCUCGAGUAUCUGACUGCUGAGAUCCUGGAGUUGGCUGGAAACGCUGCCCGUGACAACAAGAAGACCCGCAUCAUCCCCCGCCAUCUGCAGUUGGCCGUCCGCAACGACGAGGAGCUCAACAAACUCCUGGGCGGAGUGACAAUCGCUCAGGGCGGUGUGCUGCCCAACAUCCAGGCCGUCCUUCUUCCCAAGAAGACCGAGAAGCCCGCCAAGAAGUAGUUUAUAAAUACAACCUGAAAUCCCAAAGGCUCUUUUAAGAGCCGCCCAAAUC